AUGACAUCCAAAGUUUCUUCCCCUUCUGAGCCCGGAGUAAAGAUGGAGAAAUCAAUUGGACUUUUAAGCUGUAUUUCGAUAAUUAUUGGAUCCGUCAUUGGCUCGGGGAUUUUCGUCAGUCCUACUGGCAUAAUCCGUAGUGUUAACAGCAUUGGAGCAAGUCUUAUUAUUUGGGUUGUUUGCGGAAUUUUUUCCACCCUUGGGGCCUAUUGCUAUGCAGAACUUGGCACAAUGUCUAAUCGAUCUGGAGGGGACUAUUACUAUUUUCUGGAUGCAUUUGGCCCAUUUUGGGCCUUCUUGCGGCUGUGGGUGGAAGUAAUCGUUGCAAGACCUGCAACAUUGGCAGUGAUUGCGCUCACAUUCUCUAAAUAUGUUUUAAAACCUAUAUAUCCCGACUGUACUGAACCUGAGCUACCUUCAAGAUUUAUGGCUGCCUGCUGUUUAAGUAGGUUUUUUUUGUAA